AUGGAACUCAUAUCCUUCAACAAAUUUCCUGAAUAUUCAGAGAAACACACUGUGAGCCAUCUCAAGAACGAUAUCAAACAUUUAAACACCAGACUCUCACAACUUCAGGCUUUGUUGGAGGAAAAGGAGUCUCAAUUACGUCGCUCCAGGAGCAAUCUUUCAACUUCCCGCCAAUUAAGCAUUGAUGGUAACAAUGAAUCUAUGUGCUCUACUACACCUUUACCUAAAGAAUCCGUUGUUUCAUCUGGUGAAGCUCAUUCAUCCACCACUCAUUUGAGUGGGAGAAAGUCCUUGGAAAAGGAUAUUAAUACACCUCAGGGUCAAAGUGAAAGCACUUCAAAGAGCAGUUAUGGUGGAUAUGGUGAUGAGAAGAAUGGUUCUAUUGAAACCGAUGAAUCACAGCAAGAAGAAGAUUUCCCAGAAGUGAAAGUAGACUUUCAGGAAACUUUUUUGGGCCACACAAGCCCAAUUAGUUGCUGUAGGUUUUCUACAUCUGGAGACAACAUUGCAAGUGCUUCUGUAGAUGGAACAGUUAGGGUAUGGACAUAUGACUCAUCAACUUCAGCAUCAAGAAAUGCAACAAUCUAUUGUGGGGCAGAGAUCAUGUCACUAGAAUGGGAUUGCAAAUCUGAUCGAUUGCUUCUCAUAGGCACUGCUGAUGGAGGAAUAAAAGCAUGGAAUGUUGAUGCAAAAAGAGUUGUUUGUGAUCUCAAUACAACUGAAGCAUUUCCAAGUGUUCUUGACCUAAAAUGCAGCCCAGUUGAACCACUCUUUGUGUCUGCAGCAGCUUCCAGAAGAAAUGGCACAAGUUUUAUAGAUAAAUUGGGAUUUGCAUCAUUAACUGUUUGGAACAUGAGGACAUGGAAGCCAAUGACAGUGCUUCCACUUGGGAAAGAUCCACCUGCUAUCACCUCACUGUGCUUCAACCACAAUGGAAAGAUUCUAGCAGCUGCUGCUACUGAUGGAAUGAUUCACAUGUUUGAUAUGUCAGCAGGCCUACAAAUAACUGGAUGGCCAGCUCAUGAUUCUGCUAUCAGCUCUGUUCUUUUUGGGCCUGAUGAAACUAGCAUUUUUAGCUUGGGUAUAGAUGGAAAGGUAUUUGAGUGGAGCUUACAAAAUCAAGGUAAAGUUCUUUGGUCAAGAAAUUGCAACAGGUUGAGUAAUGUUGAGAGUUCAGAAUGUUAUAGACAUGAAAUGGCUUUAGAUGCAAAUGGUAAACGACUUUUAGUCACAUCUGAUUCAGUCAGAGCACCAAUAUAUCAGGUUCAAAAUGAUAUGAAUGGGAUGAAAAGCCUUCCUCAUAGUGCAGCCAUAUCAACAGUAGAUUGGCACCCGACCCUGCCCAUUUUCCUCACCGGGUCAGUGGACAAUUCCGUCCGGGUCACAUCUAUUUUAUAAUUCUCUUUUUUUUUUUCUUUUUUUUUUUUUUGAGUUUUUUUUUUUUUUUUUUUU